AUGGGCGACGACGGGACGAGCGCGCAAUGGCGGGCGACGGGACGAGCGGCGACUUGGUGGGCGGCGACGGGACUGGCGGGCGGCGGCGACUGGCGGGCGAGAUUGGCGACGGCGACAGGUGAGAGCACCGGCGACUGGAGGAGUUCGGCAGAGCACCGGCGGCGGGAUUUCUUCUCGUCUGCGCGUCGGUGGACCAGGAGGCAAAGCAGCGGCGGCGGGACAGCAGAGGGACAGAGGGGGAGAGCACCGGCGGCGGGAGGAGUUCGCCGGCGGAAAGGGUGGAGAGGGUGGAAGGUUUAG